AUGACGAUUGUUUUAACAAGAGUGGAUUAUUUAUCCGUGGGUGUAACAGCUCGAGGAACGACCAAACUUUUGCCAGCAGAUUCAAAACAAACGCAAAAGUUUGUUGUUGGUGACAACGAUGGAAUUAUUCACAUUUAUGGAAUGAAGAAAAAUGAAUUGCAACUAUCUUUCAAAUCAUUGCCGGGACCAAAAAUUAAUGGAAUGGCAUUGGGAGGAAUAGCAAAUAGUUCACGAGACAAAAUCUUCAUUUGUCAUGGAAACACUGUCAAGGGAUUUUCGAAGAAGGGAAAACUUUUUCUCGAUUUCGACACUAGUCUUCUUGAUGACAUUUCAGCAAUGUACGUUUUGGGACCAGAUUUGGCAGCUUGUUCUCGAGAUCUUUAUCACAGAUAUCGAGAUUGUAAGGAUGCAGAUUCGUAUAUGGUUGGAGAAAAAUUACUUGAUGUGAUUUUGCUUCCUACAGAUGGUGGUUCUGUUUAUGCAAUUCUUGCCUGUAGUGAUUGUGCUAUACGAGUGCUUUAUGGAACCAAGAGCCCAACUGUAAUCAGAUUACCCAGUGUCCCAUCGGUUUUAAAAUUGUUCAGAGAAGGGAACGUGGAAUCGAAGGACCACAUUUUAAUGGGAACUCUCGAUGGGAAAGUAGGAGUUUUAAUUCUCGAGAGUAACAAAACUUUAAGAGUGACGUGGCUAUUAAAUUCUCAAAGUUCCGAAGUUACAGCUUUAGAUACUUUCGAAUUACAAGACACAGUCGAUUUUAUCGUGGGAAGACAAAAUGGAAAUGUUGAGGUUUUUGCUUUUUCCACUGACGAGGACACAGCCCCAACUUUAAGAUUUCGUCACAAUUGCGGAGAGAGUAUUAGUAGUUUAAAUGGAGGUAUCGUGGGAGCGAUUGGCUAUCCGGAAAUUUUGGUAACCACCUACUCGGGAAGAAUUUUCGGCCUUUCGACGAAACCACCAGGUUUGUUGGAAGCAAUGCAAAAUGAGGGAAGCAUCGCCCAAUUGAAAGCGGAGAUAGCACAAUUGGAACAAAAACUGGCAGAGGAAAGAGAUUGUCCUACUUUUCCGACAGACAAUCUUGUACCUUUAAUUUUGUCUGUAAAUCACAGAAUGGUUUUAAAUCAAGAGGAUGCUACUUAUUCGUUAUCAGUGGAACUUGAUACCCCAAUUGAUAAUAUUUUAAUUCAAUCUGAUACUCCUAUCGAACUUUUGGAUGUUGAAAGCAAUAGUGCACUCGCAAGUUUUUCGACUUGCGACCCUAAGGACGGAAAUUUUGUUUUAGCAACUUAUCGAUGCCAAGCAAAUACAAAAAUGCUAGAAAUGAGACUGAGAACAAUAGAAGGGCAAUCUGGAAAUCUGCAAGUUUAUGUAACAUCGCAAAUACAGCCAAAGUGUUGUCGCAGAAUACAAAUUCCGAUUUCUGCUCUUUCCCUUCACACGAGAAUACACGAAGAGGAAACAAUCGGGGGACCAUUUAACGAAUUAAAAUUGAACGGGAAGUUUUCUGUUGCCGAGAUGCACGCCUGGCUUUCUCUGGCACUGCCGGAUGCACCGGAAAGGCCUUUUUUGCAAGAAGGAGAAGCAACUUUAACUUACAAGUCUUGCUUAGUUGGAACGAAUCUCAAAUGCAAGUAUAAAAAAGAAAACGCAAGUUUUCUCAGUGAAAAUAUCUCCACGAUUAUUGUUCUCCGAGAUGUGCUGACUAAGGAGGCAACCAAGAGGAAAACGAAGCUUGAUGUCUUUUGUGAAGUUUCAGAAGCGAGUUUAACAACAGUUUUGGAAAAAAUUCUUCCACGUUUGAGAAUUUAUUCCGACUUGACCAAUAAGAUCAAAAUCUUAAAUACUCUUGAACGCUAUGAAUUAAACAUCAAUCCGACAGAAAAUCUCUGCACAGAAUUUCAAGAAAUGCUGAAAGACGAAUCCAGCAUCAGGGCACAAAUGGCGAAUAAAAAGGACAUUUUACAAAGACUUCAUGCUGUCAUUGCUGACCUUUAUGUCGAUUGGGAACGCGCAAAGGGUUCUUACAGAAUGACCAGCAAAAUCGCAUCGGAGAAACUUAAAUCUGUGCUUGAAUCAAUGGACUUAAAUCUUCUCCUUAACGUUUUUCUUGGAAAGGAGGUCCACAGUGAAGAAAGUACUUCAAGGGAAGAUAUGCCAAGUACUUCGCGCGAAAAUCUCCCAGGUACUUCGAGAGAAGAUAUUCCAGAUACUUCGAGAGAAGAGAUUCCAGGUACUUCGAGAGAAGAGAUUCCAGGUACUUCGGGAGAAGAUACCUUAAGUGAUUUGUGGACAGUUGAAUUAAUUGAAAUUUAGGAUAAAUAAAUUCAAUACUGGAAUAAGGAAACUGGAAAAUUUAAAGAAAUAAGU